ACACAAACAUUUAUCUGGACCUGAGUGUAUAUAUAUAUAUAUUAUUAAUUCUUCUUUCCUUCAAUCUCAAUCCGAAUUUCAUCAGCUCACUUACCCUUAAUCAAGAUGCUCGACCUGACUCAGUUUUCCUCCUCCUUCAUCCCUCUCACAGCAGCAGCUUUGGCACUGAUCUUUGCCAUAUUCAUCUUCAGAACCCAUCUCAAAAAAUCGCCCCAGAAAGAUAAAAAAUAUCACCCAAUCGCCACCUCUGCCCUCGACCAAGUACUCAACUAUUACAGGCUCUUCGACUUACUGGCUGACCUUUCACGGAAAUAUAGAACCUACAGAUUGUCUUCCUUCUCCAGAAAUGAGAUUUUCGCCACCGACCCUGCGGUUGUUGAGUACAUCCUCAAAACAAAUUUUCCAAACUACGGCAAGGGAUCUUACGCAUAUAGCAUUUUUAAAGACUUACUGGGUGAUGGGAUUUUCGCUGUAGACGGAGACAAGUGGAAACAUCAAAGGAAAGUAGCAAGCUAUGAAUUCUCCACCAAGAAUUUGAGAGACUUCAGCGGUGGUGUCUUUAAAGCCACUGCUGUAAAACUUGCUCGAAUAGUUUCUGGAUUUUCAGCCUCAGACAAAUCCGUAGACAUGCAAAAUCUUUUCAUGAAAGCAACCUUAGAUUCUGUGUUUAAAGUCAUACUGGGUAUAGACUUGGAUGCCUUGUCUGGAACAUAUGAAGAAGGAGCUCGAUUCACUCAAGCUUUUGAUACAGCAAAUGGAUUUACUUCUUAUCGAUUUGUUGAUUUCUUUUGGAAGAUUAAGCGGUUCCUGAACAUUGGAUCGGAGGCUAAAUUGAAGAAGAGUAUCAAAGUGGUUGAUGAUUUUGUAUACAAAUUAAUCAAAAGCAAAAUGGAGCAACUCAAUAACCCACAUGAAGAUUUACAUCCUGGAAAGAAAGAAGACCUUUUGUCAAGGUUUCUGGAGCUGAAAGAGACCGAUCCAAAAUACUUGAGGGACAUAGUUUUGAAUUUUGUAAUUGCUGGCAAAGACACCACGGCCACCACUCUUUCUUGGUUUUUUUACUUGCUUUGUAAGCAUCCUGAGAUACAAGAGAAGAUUGCAAAGGAAAUAAUAGAAGCAACCCAAGUGAGUGGUGAUUCAAGCAUUGAGGAAUUGGCAGCCAAAGUGAAUGAAGAAACCCUUGACAAGGUUCACCAUCUCCAUGCAGCUCUAUCUGAGACACUCAGGCUCUAUCCGGCUGUUCCUGUGGACGGGAAGAUUUGUUUUUCUGACGACACGCUGCCGGAUGGUUUCAGUGUGAAUAAAGGAGAUAUGGUCACAUAUUUAGCUUAUGCCAUGGGCAGGAGCAAAGAUUUAUGGGGGGAUGAUGCAGAGGAAUACCGGCCAGAGAGAUGGCUCAAUGAGAAUGGUCAUUUCCAGGCGAGAAAUCCUUUCAUCUUCACAGCCUUCCAGGCGGGCCCAAGAAUCUGUCUAGGAAAGGAUUUUGCUUACAGACAGAUGAAAAUUUUCUCUAUGAUUCUCCUGGGAAGCUACAGAUUCAAGCUCAAUGAUGAAAGUAAACCAGUUAAGUAUAGAACUGCACUGACUCUUCAUAUGGAAGGUGGACUGCAUCUCCGUGUCCUCCCAAGAUUCAGCCAUGAAACUGGAGUUAAUGCUUAAACAUCUUCUGCUGCCUAAAUCUUCAUAGAGCCAAUAAACAAAACAUAAUGUUUGAUUAUAUUGCUGUGUUUGUGUGGUUGAUUAUUCCCAAUGCUUCAUCAUUUUGCAGUCGAAAGAUGAUUAUCUAGGAGAAGUUUGUUCAUUUCGUAAUUUGCUUACAGAAAUUAAGCUGUUGGUUCUAAUAAUUGUCAAUUUAAGUUUAUUGUAUUAGCAUUA